ACAGUCUUUCGUUGUCGGGUCCUGCUGUGAGUAUCUUCCUUCCUUCUCCUUCUCCUCCUCGUCCUCGUCCUGGCAGUCGCCAUUGAUAUUCUGAGCUGAUACAGAAGAAACACAGAAUCUCAUCUCAUCUCCCUCUCUCGAGUGUCGACCGAUUGGUGGAAGUAAAUGGGGAAGAACUCAAAACCAAAGGAGUCAGCCAAGGGAAAGGGAAAGCAAGCUGCUGGUGGCAGCGAUGAAUCUUCAAAGGGGAAAGGGAAGUCGGGGAAGUCAGACGGCCUUGGCACUUGCACUUAUGUCAAAGCGAGGCACAUAUUGUGCGAAAAGCAAGGCCAAAUCAAUGAAGCAUACAAGAAGCUGCAGGAUGGUUGGCUUGGCAAUGGAGAUAAGGUUCCUCCAGCUGAAUUCGCAAAGUUGGCUGCAGAAUACUCGGAGUGCCCAUCUGGGAAGAAGGGCGGUGACCUAGGAUGGUUCCCUCGAGGAAAAAUGGCAGGUCCAUUUCAGGAAGUUGCAUUCAACACUCUGAUUGGAGCUACCAGUGCUCCCUUUAAAUCCACAGCAUGUUGAUCAAGUGGAGAGACCAUGAACAUCUUUCCAAGGUGUUCAUUCAUAGAUGCUGGCAGGGAUGAACUCUUGAAUUUGUUUCUAUAGAUGCUGCUCUUUUUCGUCAUGCAAUAGUUGAUCUUUUGAUAGUUGCAUUGACAAUGCGUAAAGGUGGUGCAUGACUUAAGCUGUGGCUUUAUUGUAUGUACUCGAUUGACUUUAAACUCGAAUCUGCUGCAGGCAUGGGUACCACAUCAUCCUGUGCGAAGGGAGAAAGAAUUAAUCAGACCUUCAUGCAUCUGCAUCUUAGUUGAAACAUGGACCUGAGAAAGGGAGAGCUGUAAUAUGGAUUCCAAUGUUUUAUUUGGACAAGAUAUGUUUCAAUCGCAAUGGCUUGCUUUUUGUACUUUAACAAUUAACAUGUAUAUUUCGGGUUGGUGCCCGUUUAUGGAAUCUAUCCUCCACAUAAACUGUGGUUUAACCA